CGUCCGCUGCCGAUCGUCUCUCACCGCGCCCGUUCGAUCAGUCAGUCUGAGUCCGGUCGCCGAACGYAUUAGGCAACAUACCUAGCUGGUAUCCACCGCAGACAUAUCAUAUUUAUAUAUUAUAAUAUUAUAUCGUUAUCGAUAUAUCCAUAUUCAAAACUCUACAUUAUACACACGCCGACAGUCGAUCAAGUCAGUCCUGMAAGUGAUCGGCCUUCGUCGGUGAGAAUCGGACGUCAUAUAUAGGUACGUGCACACAUAUAUAAUAUAUACGAACUGCACCACGACAUCGUCAGGUCCGUGACGAAGUGGUCCCCGCCAAACGCAAUAUUGGCGAUAAGCAGAUAUCGCUGUCGUACAUUAUAAACGCGUGGACCGCGACAGCAGUCAGUUGACGCACGAGACACGACCGACAUGGACAAGCAACAGGAAGCCGCGGUCGCAGCAUCCGGUACAGCGUCGGAAGAUAGCAUCAGCAUGAAAACUGAAUAUCCCACGCACGAGGUGUACGUCUCCGAACCACCACCGGCGUACAAACUCAAAACUCGACCGACUGCCGUCCAAAUAGCAAGAAUAGCAGCAUUCACUGUGAUCGCGUGCUCGUUCAUACUUGGAUCAUUCAUGCUGGCAGCCGCUUGGUUACAGGCGAACGCGUCUUGCUCGCAAUUAAUGCACGCUGAAGCACUCCUCAGACAGAGUGAAGAAGCUGUAGACCGUCCACAGUAUCAGGCACUAGUCGACCCUUUGCAAUCGGACGAGACUUCUGAUUCGAAGCAAGAGGAGCUUCCCGUGCACCAGCAAUCAACCARGAACGUCGAKAGUCAAACCACCGGUAAUAAUGAUCAACAACCGGCAUCGCCAGUUCAAAUCAAAUUGCCAUUGGAAUUAGAUUUCGAUGAAAUCGUUGGGGCUUUACUCGAGAAAAAUCAACGUUCAAAAAUGAACUGUGUCAUUGAAAAGAAACGCGCCGAGGAGGUCAUGGAUCAUCAACCAAAAACAUUGCGUCUACCAUUCGGCGUGAACAUUACCACCGAUCCUCGUUUUGAGCACGUUACGGGUGAAAGAUUAAGCAUCGUUUGUGAGAGUGGACACGACGAGAGGCGAGCUCCAAAUCCAGUGGAACAAAUGCAACAUCAGCCAUCAAUGAUGAUGCCGAUGCCAAUGGGUGCUAAUCCGAUGACCCAUUUGCCGAGUAUGAUGGGACCACCUCCACCACCCCAUCACAUGCCGCCACAUCCUCACCACCAACAAGGCCAAAGUGGACCAAUCCCGUUGGCCUUGAUUGCCAGGAUCAACGCUGACAUUGACAAUCAGCUUCAAAUGCAAGAGCAACAGCAGAUCGAAGAGCACAUCAUUCCCAUCUUCCAACAGCUGUUACCCGAACUGAGACCAUCGUCCGAAAACCAUCACGAACACCAACAACACCACAAACAAGAAGCCGAGGACAGAGCUAUGCCAAACAAAGUUCUUUAUCACCCAGCGAUGCCCGAAGGAAGAUCCAUGUACACCGUUGCUAUAUCCGACAAGCCCAGCGGAGACGGUCCAAUAAUGCACCAAGCUAUGCCGUCCGAAUCUGUGCGCCAAAAUGUGCCCAUGUUCCAAAGGGUUCCUAUUCACGUGCCUAUGUCUAUGAUGAUGCAACCCGACGUCGGACAAUCGGUCCAACAAGAUACAAUCGAUGAACCUAAACCAGAUAUUCGCCCACACUUUGUUCAUCCACGUUCAGUUGAGUCAGUUCACAAGAUCAACCAAAAUGAAGAGAUAGAUUCUAGAAAAUGAAUUUUUCAAUUUGGCAAACAUUUUAUUUUACAUUAAAAAAAGAAUAGAUCUUUUGUUAAUGUUGGUAGAUUUUUAAAAUAAGUCCAAAUUGACAUUAGGAUUACAAUAAUCAAAUAACAAUUAAGCUUAAAGAAUUUUUAUGGAUAUUUGAUGUCAAGAAAACAGUGUAUUUGGUAUACAUACAAUAUAUAUUUUAUAUUUGUUUACAACAUA